AUGUCGUGGCUCACCGAGGACGAUCUCGCGACUAGCAAUGCCGAUUUGUUGAAGAAGCUGUCGUACCCACCAAGCAAGGACCACAAUCCGAAACUUGCAAAGGUCGAAGAUGAAAUCCUCGAGCACUGGAAGGACUUUUCCCAUUUCUGCAACUAUGUGGCGGACAAAGACCCGGACGCGGGAAAGCGCUUCUACGACCUGGACGAGGCCAACUAUUUUGAUCUGAUGGGGGCGGUCACGCGGCCAGGAUUCCGCCCUCACUACGACCGCAUUACUCCGUACCUGGCCCGGGCGAACUUGCGCAUUAAAGAUCUGGAAAUCAUCGCCAUCACGCCCGAAUGCGGCUACGCCACAGCUCAUCAGAACUAUUACGGCACUGCGGCCGAUGGUGAGCCAUUCAACUUGACGUACCGGACGACAUCGGUCAUGCGCAAGGUCGACGGGCUCAUCAACGCGGGUACCUUGAAGAGCGAGCCAGGCUUUGAGCCUGCCGUGGAUGCUCAAGUGCUAUUCGGCACCGACCACUUCAAAGUCACCGAUGAUAUGAAGUAUGUUACUAUCGACGUCAAGGCUGCUUUGAAAAAUGAAGAUGGCACAACCAUCUCGUAUGCCUACACAGGACAUAUCGAAAUAACUCCUGCUUUCGGUCUCAUCUUGACUGGCAGCCCGGAAGCGAAGACGACGGAUUUUGGACACGUGUUCACACAUAUCACAUUCGAGACUGGUGCACCGAAUUUCAAAAGUCUCGAGACCAGCCGGUUCGUUGGGGCUAGUCGGUUUAUUGUGAGUGAAGGAGGGAAGGGACCCGUGAUUGAGACCAAGAUCAGUAAGAUCGUCAAGGGAUGA